GGUAGACCGACUCAUAUUUUUGAUUUCGACGCAGAUUUUGCCACUUUGUGUUUCGAGAUUCGAAAAGAAGAUUUAUAUCUCCGUCAUGAAGUUUUUCUAUGGCUACCUGAUCCUGCUAGGCGUGGCGUCGCUGACAUGCACCACCGCCCAGGAUAGUAUGAAUUCUACAUCUUAUUUUUUUUAUGAUUCCUAUUCUGAAUCAGCAUGUGAUCACGGUCUCCUAAGAGCAAAACUCCUCUCAUCCUAUGCCAGUAAAGAAACUCUUCCAUACUAUGAUCAGGCUAACCGAGUAACUAUGGGAAUGUCACUGAUGAAGCUUCGAGGACUGGAUUUAUUCAAAGGAACCAUUCAGAUGAACGUACGGAUGUAUUUAGAUUGGAGUGACCCAAGGUUGGUAUGGGAUCCAGCCCAAUGCGGAAACAUCACCAAACUUCACUUGCUUCCCUCAGAAAUCUGGGUGCCUGAUAUAACCCUCUACAACAGUAACUCACCAAGUGUAAGCCUGAUGAGUGGAGUUUCCGCUAUUGUGUACGCUGAUGGUAGUGUCCUCUAUAUCCCACCCAUGCAUCUUGAAGCAACAUGUACGAUGGAUCUGACAGACUAUCCCUACGAUCAACACAACUGCAGCCUGAAAUGGGGAUCAUGGGCGUAUGACGCAUCUGAGAUAACCUUAUUAGACUCCAUUGAGUUGUCAGAGCCAGAUUUUUUAGAGCAUCCGAUUUGGGAUAUCAUCGACAAAAAUGCUGCAAAGCAUACUCAGUCCUACAGUUGCUGCCCGGAAACCUUCGAAGAUGUUACAUUCUCUUGGAUUGUCCGUCGAAGAGAGACCCACGGCCGUAUCGCCUCCUCCGUGGUCACUGCAUGGCUUAUCCUCAUCGUCUUCCUGAUCAGUCCGUCGUCGGCCGGAGUACGGAUCGUCUUCGCGGGUUCCGUCCUCAUCGCCUUGGUGGUAUUGUCGGCAGUACUCAGUGCAGAGGCCCCCGCCUACUCGACGACCAGACUUGGUCGGUUCCUCAUCGUUGGGAUGCUCAUCCUUGCUUUCGUCAGCGUCGUCAAUGGCCUCAUCUUUCGCUUCUACCCCAAGGAGAAGCCAGGACAGCUCAUUGAAGGAGACGGUUCAUCUCCACCACGGAUUCUGCUCAUCAUCGACAUCGGGCUUUCCUGAGUACUGCCAUCAUCCUGGGGAUAUCAACAGGCGCCCUCUUUGUCUAAACUUCAGCGUUUUGGCGUUGGCUAGCUGUACUAUGUGUACAGUGGAACCCUGUGGCAUAUCGUGGGUGCAGCGAUUGAGCGGACACUUACAUCAGUUUAUUUUUCGGGGGAGAGGGGAGGGGAGGGGAGGCAUGUAAAUGUGAGAGGGCCAUAAUGUGAGAGGAGUAUCUCUCUCACUUCUCUUUUCAUUCUUACUCAUUUGAUUGGGGCUGGGGUGGGGGCAUGAGUCCCUACGGCCCUGUCGCUACGUUGUUGUAUACCUCGUGGUAUCUCGUUAUAAGCAGAUUGUAUUUGUUUUUCUAAUAUCAUCAUUUAAAUUAUAUUCAUUCUCCUUUUCCUCUUUGUCUUCAUAUAUUGCGGUGAGUGUUCCUCAGUUGUUGUAAAGUAUUAGUAUCUGGAGAUUAUUAUUUAAGAAGAAGUUUUACAUAAAGACAUAUGAUUGUCAUUACUUGAGAAGGCUAAACUACCCCUUUUAUGGUGGUUGGUCCUUCGAACAUUGUUAGACUCUUUAGCAUUGCAUUUAGAGUACCUUUAUGUUUCUUUUUAUAUUUUAAACA